GGGGGUUCCUGCCCCAGAAAGCAGGGCUAAAACAAUAAAUCGAAGCUAGUGGGGAUAUAGGAGUCUUCACAAUAAACGCCUGGCUGUAUAGUCGCGGUUUAAAGUUCCAUAUUGUUAGUCGAAUUAUUGCUAUAAAUCAUUCAGUCUAUAUAGAUUGGUCAUUCACAAGCACUUAAUAUUGUUUACCAAAGAAAUGGUGAUGGAGAAGCCAAGUCCCCUGCUUGUAGGGCGGGAGUUUGUGAGGCAGUAUUACACACUGUUGAACAAGGCACCAGAUUUCCUGCACAGGUUCUACGGGAGGAAUUCUUCUUAUGUUCACGGGGGCCUUGAUGCCAGCGGAAAGCUGGCGGAAGCAGUGUACGGGCAAGCGGAAAUCCACAAGAAGGUCAUGUCCCUGCAGUUCAAUGAGUGCCACACAAAGAUCCGGCAAGUGGAUGCCCACGCCACACUCAGUGACGGUGUGGUGGUGCAGGUCCUCGGAGAGCUGUCCAACAACGGCCAGCCCAUGAGGAAGUUCAUGCAGACAUUUGUGCUGGCUCCGGAUGGUUCUGUGGCCAACAAGUUCUAUGUACACAAUGACAUCUUCCGCUAUGAAGACGAGGUUUUUUGUGACUCAGAAGCUGAACUGGAUGAAGAAUCAGAGGAAGAAGUUGAAGAGGAGGCAGAAGAAAGGCAGGCAUCUCCCGAGCCUCUGCAGGAGAGCCCCAACAGCACCACUUACUAUGAGCCACACCCCGUCACUAACGGAGUGGAGGAGCCCAUGGAGGAGCCUGCCCCGGAACCAGAAAUAGAACCCGAGCCUGAGCCCAAAGUUGAGGAAAUAAAGUCUGAAGUUGAUGAGAAAGUUUUGGAAGAAAUGGAGGCAAAAGCUCCUUCUCCUGUCCCGGUGGAGUCUGCCGCUAAUUCCCAGGAGACACCUAAGACCUUCUCUUGGGCCUCAGUGACCAGUAAAAACCUUCCUCCUUCAGGCACCUCCUCUGGUAUCUCACCCCAUGUUGUGAAAGCACCAAGCUCGCAGCCCCGAGUCGAAGCCAAGCCAGAGACGCAGGCAGCGCCACUGAGACUCCGAGACCAGCGUGCACGAGACAGACCGGCCUUCCCCCCACGUGGACCCAGAUCAGAUGGCAUGCCGUCUUCUGAGGCACAAACAGGGAAACCACACUUAAGUUUUGUCAACAAAGGCGGUCGGGGCGAUCUUGAUGCUGGCGAAAUGGACACCAGGCGAACUAUACGCUACCCAGACAGCCACCAGGUUUUUGUCGGAAACCUCCCGCAUGACAUCGACGAAAGCGAGCUCAGAGACUUCUUCACGACCUAUGGAAAUGUUGUUGAACUGCGGAUCAACACCAAAGCUGUCGGCGGGAAGCUUCCUAACUUUGGAUUUGUGGUCUUUGACGACUCCGAUCCUGUGCAGAGAAUCCUUGGGGCCAAGGUAGAAGGGCCUAUCAUGUUCCGUGGAGAAGUGCGUCUGAACGUGGAGGAAAAGAAGACCAGAGCGGCGCGUGAGCGUGAGACCCGCGGAGACGAUCGCCGGGACAUAAGGCGCAACGACCGGGGUCCAGGAGGCCCACGAGGCAUCAUGGGAAGCGGCAUGAUGCGAGAACGCGACGGAAGAGGACCGCCACCCCGAGGCAGCAUGGCUCCCAAACCGGGCAUGGGCUCCGGAAGAGGCUCCGGCGGCCCGGGCGAAGGUCGCUUUGCUGCUCAGCGUCGCUGAGAAGUGGCGCCACCUGCAGUGUGGAAGUAGUAACGUGCUCUUCAUCUUCAACCGUUCACAAAAUCUACAUGUAUAAACGUAUAUAUUUGGGUUUUUUUUGUUUCAAUUUUUGGUUCUUUUUUUUUUUUUUUUGGCUUUCGGAGUGUGACACAGCCCGUCGAGCAUUUGUGAAAUAGACAAAACUACUACGAAAAAUGUCGCUUAUUAGUUGUGAGCCGAGGAUCCAUUUUUUUGGUAUCUCAAGAAAUCACACACUUUCAUUUGUAAAUUUGUGGAAACCCCACCAGGAGGAAUCUACAUUUUUUUUGGGAGGGACUGAAAGACUACCACAAAACAGCCCAGCAUUUGGAACAGAGAUUAUAUGUAUAUCUAUAUAUAUCUACACACAUAUAUGUAUAUCGAAAUAUGGAAAUUAGGAGGCUGCUUCACUAAAUUCCUCUAUUGCACAUUUUCUAUGGUAGUUUUCUGCCCAUUACCGUUGGAAAACAGCAAGAUGCAAACGUUCCAAAGGGGAAAGGCAUGCCUUUUUAUUUUAUUUCCUUUCCCUUUUUUUUUUUUUUCUUCCCCAAGAGACCACUGCUUCAAAAAAAUAUUGCGUAAACGCACUCACCAAUAUGCACUCAUGGGUACUUAUUUUCUUGUUUUGGUUCUUUGCCGUGUUUCAUUGACAAGCUGGAGAGACGACGUAACGGGGCAGGCCUCGCUCGCAGCUGCGAAGUACUGCUGUGUACUUUGACUUUUUUUCACCGAAAACUUCAAAUAUUACUGCUGGAUGGACAAGAUGACUCUACAUGCCUCCUUGAUAAACAUAAUCUUGGAUUUUUUCCACCAAAUAAAUGACUGUGUGUGUGUGUGUUUGUGUGUGUGGUGAAGUUUUGGAGAUGAGGGGUAAUGAAGAUGGCGGCUCGCUCUGGUUUCUUUUGAUUCACAGUAUUCUCCCUACUCCACUUGUUUGUGUCUUCACAGUGUGAAAGUGACAGAAUAAAUGUACGGCAAAGUUUACUGUAUUGGUUUCCUUUUGACUCGAUUGAAAUGGAAAAAAAAAGGUGCCUUCUAUUUUCUCUUUACUACAGCAACAUUCAUUUUGGGUAAAACAAAAGUUGCAGUAUUCACAAGGAUUUUAAGAUUCUGGUGCGUUGUUUCUCCCUUUUUAAUUUUGCUGCCUAAGAUGUGACUUUUUUUUUUUUUUUUUACAUUGGUUUGCUAUUCUAUGGCCCCAAAAAGGUACAUUUAAAACUGUGACGGCUCCAUAAUCCAAUACCAAACCAUAUUUUUAAAAUACUUUGUCCUCCAAAUACAAUUUUGUAAUGUGAGUGUGAGUGGGCUGGCUGUGUUUGCAGCCGACAGACUUCGCAAAUACUAUGUGAACACUUUUCUAGCUGUUGGUGCAUUUGUAUUUUUCAUAAUGCUGGUUAUUCAUUGUGUUUUUUUUUUAUUUUCAGCUGGAAAGGGCAACAUUUUAUUUUAAUCUUGCACUGAAAAGAGGAAAGUGAUGUAGCAACUUUUGUUUUCUGGAUAAAUGCGCUAAUGAGGUCUUCCUUAGCUGGUGGUAUGUUGCACUAUUUUCCAAACAUUUCUGGGACAAUCUCUUGUCGGUUCGAGCACAGCCUCUCCUCUCCAAAUUAUACUGAAAUAAUCUGCAUAUUUUCCACACUUGAGAGCUAGUUUUGAUAAAUGCUUUUUCCCUUUUAUGAUCUAUGUGACAACUCUGUCAUGUGUUUUAGAAGUGGACAUUGUUUUUGAUCCUCCAAGAAAGAAAAAAAAAAGCUGUAAAUUAUUUGUGUUAUUUUCUUCCUCUCUGCUUGAGAUCGCAGUUGGCUGGUGAAUCAUUCCAGUCCUUUUUGAACGGAAAUAGAAGUCGACUCUGUUGGCUGCCAUCUUUCAUUGUUGCUCUAUAGUACACAAAAAAAGCAAAUUUGCAGGUGGACAAUGUUUCUUCUGUGUUUUUCCUUUUUCCAUUUUGAAUGUGUCAGACUUAACAAUAAACUACUGAUAUCAGCGCCACUCA